ACAAAAAUGCCAUAUUUUCUUCUGAAAGAUUUCUCCUUUAGGCUAUUAACUUACCUGUUUCUGUAACGUUGCAUGCAAACAAAUACGACCCACCGCGUGUUCAACAUCUGUUUACAAACAGAGAAAAAAUGGAAAGGAGAAAGGAGAGAGCAAAAAUUGCUAGAAUUUUAAUUUUUUUCCCCAGCUAUCAAUUUUUUAAUAGGUCCCCAGAUUUCCUCACCUCUCAGUGGUGUUGUUUAUUGAAAUAUUUAUUCUUCCUUGCUUCGAAUCAAAACACAAGCUCUAAAUCUGGAAGCUUUCAGCUUUUAAUGAAAAUCCUCAGUCAUUACUGUUUGGGUCUAAGUAUGGGAAAUGCCAUUAAACUGUCUUAGGAAUCAACCUAUGGCAUUCUUAGCUGUGUUUUUUUUCUCCAUUCAGCUUUUGUCAUUUGGGAUUAAAGAGUACGAAUGUAUCAAUUAAACAACAAUACCGUUUUGUUACACCACACAAGACUUUCCUGUUUCCUGCAGUGCCACAGAUGUCAGCGAGGUCUCUCUUUAUUCAGACACAGGACACUCCAAAUCCAAACAGCUUAAAAUUUAUUCCAGGGAAACCAGUCCUGGAAUCCAGAACGAUGGAAUUCCUGUCUCCAGCUUCCACCUACUGCUCUCCAUUAGCAAGGCAGCUCUUUCGGAUCGAAGGGGUUAAAAGCGUAUUUUUUGGAACGGACUUCAUUACCGUCACAAAGGAAAGUGAGGAGGUGGACUGGAACUUAAUAAAGCCCGAUAUUUAUGCAACUGUUAUGGACUUCUAUGCGUCGGGCUUGCCUAUUGUUACCGAAGAGGCGCCUCGUACAGACACAGCCCCGUCUGAAGAAGACGAUGAAGUGGUACUAAUGAUAAAAGAGCUGCUGGAUACCAGAAUCAGGCCAACGGUCCAGGAGGACGGGGGCGAUGUCAUCUUCAAGGGCUUUGAAGACGGGAUCGUGCAGCUGAAGCUGCAGGGAUCAUGCACCAGCUGCCCCAGUUCCAUCGUCACCUUGAAGAGCGGCAUUCAAAACAUGUUGCAGUUCUAUAUUCCAGAGGUGGAAGGUGUGGAGCAGGUUGUGGAUGACAACGAAGAAAAAGAAGUGAAGUCAACCUGAAUCACGGAAGAGCCCCGGACUACGGCCAGAAAUUAUGUGCCUGGUGGGUUUGUCUCAAUUGGCCCAAAUGCGAUUUCUUCACUGGGCCAAUUCUAUUUUUGUUCCACUGUAUAAGAAAGCAAGCGAAUAAGAAGAAGGUGGCCCAUCUUUGCUUUACAUGAACAAAAAAGAGGAAAGCGCCCAGAAUAGGCAUGUUCCUAACAGUUUCCCAAAUACUUUCUUCCUCCCUUGGAUUCAAAUAUUUUAUUGAAGUAUCUCCAAUUAUCUUAUUGAAUGUCAAUUAUCUAUUUAUUUGGCAGGCUGUCUUGUCUCAUUGACAUGUGGUCACUUCUGGAGAUGAUCUGGUCAUAGAGCACUGCAUUUUUUAAAAAAACCAAACUUUCCCCCUGCUACUUAGAUUCCAAGAAUAAUUAUUUUAAAUUACGCUCUCAUCGGGAGGCUUCAAUUUGUACUUUUCAUUUUUUUUAAAAAAAAAUGCCCAUAGGUUCAGUAAAAUAUUAGCAAUACCACUGACAUUGACCUUAUUUGCAUAGAAACUAUCUGGUAACCCUUUGUUCCAAAAUUCAGCAGACUUCGCUAUACUUCUCGGUAAUCUAUUUUUUAAAAAAUUGGGCUAGGAUUUUUUUGUGUUUGGACCUGAGCUAAUCACGCUUUGGAUGUAGAAUGAGGAUCUCGUGUGUGAAGUGGAACUUCUCCAGAAAAACAUUUGCAAGCGAGGUGUUCGUAGAUGCUGUGAUUGUAAGAAGAUAAUUGAAGUGUGUUGUGGUCCAAUAAAAGUCCACUUGAGUGCAUUUAUGUUUUAGAGCAGGGGGUCUCCAACCUUGGCCACUUUAAGCCUGGAGGACGUCAACUUUGCUGGCUGGGGAGCUCUGGGAGUUGAUGUCCACCAGGCUUAAAGUGGCCACGGUUGGAGACCCCUGUUUUAGAGGAAAUGCAUGAAAUGACGAGCUGGGUCUCUUUUAAAGAGGAGAUCAUUUUUGGAGGACAGUUUUAAAGAUGGCUUAGCCUGAAGGUGGGAUGCAUAGCUUUUGAGGAAAAGGGCCUUGCCAUUCUUCCUAACCAGUCCUCAAGGACCGAAACAAGUCUUGUGGAUCGGUGGGAGCCAUUGAGGGGGAUAGGCUGACUCUGCCAUUGCCAAAUUGGGGUUUUGAAAAAGAGACACGGGAGGUUUUUUCCUUUUCUUUUAUGAAAA